AUGCUGUGUUGGGGGAACGCCAGGGAUGGGCAGUUGGGAAUCGGCGUUGAGAGGAACCCUGUGUUUGGGCCGAGGGACUGCCACGUGCUCAGUGGGCGAGGGCUGAAGGAAGUUGCAUGUGGAGGGCAGCACACGCUCUUCCUCCUGCAUGACGGGAGCGUGUACACGUGUGGCUCUAACAGCUGCGGACAGCUGGGUCGCAACAAUGACGAAACUUCCCCAGAACUGGUGGUGGCUCUGGAUACGCAGAAGAUCACGAUGGUUUCGUGCGGUCGUGCCCAUUCAAUGGCCAUAAAUGAUCAAGGUCAGGUGUUUGCUUGGGGAGCUGGUGAAGGGGGACAGCUUGGCCUGGAAACUGUGGAGAUUGUUCGGAUUCCAAGGCUGGUGAAAAGACUGUGUGAUCACAGCAUCUCCCAAGUGAUGUGUGGGAACCAGCACUGCAUGGCACUUUCUAGAGAUGGGCAACUGUUCACGUGGGGCCAGAACACCAACGGGCAGCUGGGCCUGGGCAGAGGAGAGCCCAGCAAACUGUCCCCUCAUCCUCUGAAGUCUCUGGCAGGGAUCCCAUUGGCUCAGAUAACUGCUGGAGGAGACCACAGCUUUGCCUUGUCCUUGUCCGGGGCUGUGUUCGGUUGGGGAAAAAACAGAGCAGGACAACUCGGUCUUAAUGACAAACAAGAUCGAGCUGUUCCGUGUCACAUCAAGUUUUUGAGAUCUCAGAAAGUCGUCUACAUCAGCUGUGGAGCUGAGCACACAGCAGCUCUCACAAAGGACGGAGGCUUGUUUACGUUCGGUGACGGGUCGUGGGGUCAGCUGGGACACGGAUCUACCAACAACGAGCUUUUACCAAGAAGAGUGCUCGAGCUCAUGGGCACUGAGGUGUUCCAGAUUGCCUGUGGCAGGUACCACACGUUGGCGUUGGCGCCGUCUUCCAGCACGGUGUAUGCGUUUGGUUGCAACAGUCAUGGCCAACUGGGUACGGGAUUACUGGGGGACUCGAGAAGUUUGUUUCCCAUCAAAGCAAGUUUCCUGACUGGGAAUCUGCAACGAGUGGAGCUCGGCGCGAGCGUGCCGGUCGGGAGUGGAGCGUCCUCGUUCUGCGACUCGUGA